GCACAGACUCCCGUGGGAGCUGUCUCGCCUACUGAGUCCGAAAAGAACGAUUGCUCAGCGCGGUGGCGGACGGCGAACGGCGACAGCGGAGGACGAUCGGCGGUCAGGACUCAUUUAAGGCAAGAGGCUUUGGAUAUGCUGUACGAUUUGGCAGCAAGGAAGCUCUCUCCGGGGCGACUCAUUGGGGUCUUCUAUGAAAUCUCAGCGUUCUCCAACAUCAUCAGCCAGACGUUUCAGAAGAUUGACUAGGACGGUCAGUCCUGAUGAUAGCGAUGUCGGUGCUCAUCAUAAAUAUUAUCCAUCCACCGCAAGUCCGAGCGACACGGACGGAUCGUUAAAUAGUAGCCCAAAUGGAUCAGCCAUCAUGGUUUCCAGAAACACCACAUUCACCAUGAAUUCCAGUCCAGGACAACAGCUUCAUCAGCCGAGACAGAACGGAAAACGGGAAAACUUUGAAAAACCUACCAGACCCAAUUUUCUGGACUUGUGUCAGGGCAAACCUAGUGCAGGUACCCCGGUUGUCAGUAGAAAACCAUGUUUUCAAUUCACAGCGGCGAAUAGUUAUGAAUUGAAUAACCUGGAUAAUGACGUGCUUGAUGCCCCUACUAUAUAUUCCAUUGGCGGCGUGAAUGGCGAAGGCGCACAAUUUCCUACUACGAGUUCCGAUGAGUACGCCACUGACCCUGAUAGUGUUAUAUUGGCUGACUCACAUGGCCCCGUAUCAAUGCCUCAAAUGUCUACGAAAAACCAGUCAGCACCAUUCAACCAUGGUCAACCUGCUUAUCAAUCCGCCCAUCCGACCUGCAGCAAAGAUGAGAAUACUAGUGAAAAUCCAACUGAUCAGAAGCAAGAUGGUACUAAAAGUUUGGUGAAAUGGAAGGGUGUUAUGUUUCCUUCUGAAGACGAAGCAUCAGCGAAGGCUAAUUCAUCUGUAGUUCAAGUCGAAGAAACUUUAGAUGGACAGAUUCUUAUAGUUGAACUAAACAGAGGAUGGAAUAGUCGUCUUGGUUUUAGUCUUCAACCUGAUCCAAUUUCUGGAAAAACCAUGAUUAGUGCAAUUUAUGCUGACAGCGUGGCUGCAAGAGACGGUAGAUUAAGAGAAGGUGAUCGGCUGCUCAUGGUUAAUGAUGAAUCCAUAGAACACAUGACUACCACUGAAGUAAUAGAUUUGCUGAGAAUAAUUCGCGGAUCAAUCUGCAUUAAAAUAUUGAGAAAAAUUGUAGAGAAUUAAAAUAACUGGAC